CCAUGCCGUCUCCUUCUCCCCCAGCUUGGCCUAGCUGCCACCACUCUUCCUCCUCCUCCUAGGCUAGCUACCUCCCGCUCACACCCUCCUCCCAUGGCGGAUCGGCAUGGCGAGGGCGGCGUGGCCUCGGCGCGGCGGCCGGGGCGCACGGACCUGGACGACCCGUCGACGACGCUGCUGCAGCGCGUGCAGGCGCACCUCCCGAACGCGACGCAGGUGGUGGGCCUGCUGACCCUGCUGCUCGCCGGCGCGGCGCUGCUGGUGCUGGCGGGGCUGACGUUCACGGGCGCGGUGGUGGCGCUCGUCUUCCUCGGCCCGCUGGCGCUGCUGACCAGCCCCAUCUGGGUGCCGUUCUCGUUCGCGCUCCUGGUCGUGGCCGUGGCGGCGCUCUCCUUCGUCGGGUUCGCCGUGGCCGCCCUCGCCGCAGCCACCUGGGCGUACCGGUACUUCACGGGGCGGCACCCCGUGGGCGCCGACCGCGUGGACCGCGCCCGCAGCCGCCUCGCCGACACCGCCAGCCACGUCAAGGACUACGCCCGCCGCGAGUACGGCGGAUACCUCGGCAACCGCACCAAGGACGCCGCCCCCGGCGCCUAGGCUCGUCGCGGCUAGAUCGUUACGAUAUGUUAUUCUCUCUUUGCGUCUCUGUACUCUCCCAGCUGUUGGUAAUCUCGUCGUCUUCACGUGUAUGAACUACUAUUAGUUCCGUUUGUUUGUUAGUUCUUGUCUCGUCCUUACUGUGUAAUCAGAUCAAUCGACGAUCAUAAGGCGUA